AUGUCCACCAGGAAGGUGAUGGAUCUUGGCCGCCAUGCCAGUCGCCGCUUCUUCAACUGGCUUUAUUGGAGUAUCAACGUGGGUGCCGUGCUGUCGCUGCUGGUGGUGGCCUUUAUCCAACAGAACGUCAACUUCCUGCUGGGCUACGGCAUCACCGUGGGCUGCGUGGGCCUGGCCUUCUUCAUCUUCCUCUUUGCCACCCCCAUCUUCGUCACCAAGCCCCCCGCAGGCAGCCAAGUGUCCUCCAUGCUUAAACUUGCUCUCCAAAACUGCUGUCCCCGGCUGUGGCACCGACACUCCACCAGGUGAGGAGAGGGCUCGUGGCGAAGCGGGCCACGGAGCCUGAGGAAGGGCGAGCUGCCCACUGUGUCAGAGGUCAAGGUGGUGGAUGGUGAUACUGCCAUGCAGUCCACGUAUGUCCUGCAAGGUCUUCACCUCCACAUCCCGAACAUUUUCCCUGAGUACCCAUCCAACAGUUCCGUGGCUCUGAGAGCCGAGGGCAGCAGCUACAAGAUCCCGGAAGCCUGGCUCCUCCUGGCCAACGUCGUGGUGGUGCUGAUCCUGGUGCCCGUGAAGGAUCAUUUGCUCGACCCUUUACUGCUGCGUUGCAAGCUGUUGCCCUCGGCCUUGCAGAAGAUGGCACUGGGGAUGUUCUUUGGUUUUGCCUCCGUGGUUGUGGCAGGAGGCCUAGAGAUGGAGCGUUUACAGUACAUCCAUCGGAACGAGACGGUGUCCCAGCAGAUCGGGAAGAAUGUGUACUAUGCAGCACCUCUGUCCAUCUGGUGGCAGGUCCCUCAGUACCUGCUCAUCGGGAUCAGUGAGAUUUUUGCCAGUAUCCCAGGCCUGGAGUUUGCCUACUCGGAGGCUCCUCGCUCCAUGCAGGGUGCCAUCAUGGGCAUCUUCUUCUGCCUGUCAGGAGUGGGCUCACUCUUGGGCUCCAGCCUCGUGGCACUCCUGUCACUGCCAGGGGGCUGGCUGUACUGCCCCAAGGACUUCGGGAACAUCAACAAUUGCCGAAUGGACCUCUACUUUUUCCUCCUGGCCAGCAUUCAGGCCGCCACGGCCCUCCUGUUUAUCUGGAUCGCUGGUCGCUACGAGAGGGCAGCUCAGGGCCCCGUCUCUCAAAGCUGUCCCAGCAGGGAUAGGGGCUGAGCACACCGCCCCCCUCCCCCCCGACCCCUCGCUUCUCUCCCCAGGACACAGACAGCAGCAGUCCCAGGUGGGGGUUCCUU